UUAGCUGGUCCGUCAGUAAAAUUGUUCCGUGUGCAACUUAAGAGGAAGAGGAGGGGGAGGUUAUGGCCACAAUGAUUGAAGAAAAUGGUCCUUCGAGUCAUGAGAAGACUGAAGUGUCAUCAUCCUACCAAGCGAGGCAGAAGCUGGAGGGGUUGCUGAACAAGAACAUGAGGAUCCGCAUGACAGACGGGCGGACUUUGGUGGGGCUCUUCCUCUGCACAGACCGGGACUGUAAUGUCAUCCUCGGCUCAGCUCAGGAAUUCCUCAAAUCCACAGAGACCUUCUCCCAGGGCGAACCCAGAGUCCUGGGCCUGGCCAUGAUCCCAGGUCACCACGUGGUGUCCAUCGAGGUGGAGGCUGACAGUCUUGAAGACGAACAGGGUUUUGGAGUCAACCACUGACAAAGCCCUUUUUCUUUGGACAGCACUCGACCUUCAUGUGACUGACUCCUGUUGAGUUGGAUGUCAGGCUGUGGUUGAGCCCAGAGAAAACUGGACAUGUUGAGAGGAUUUCUCUUCAGCUGCUAUGGAUACAGAGCUUCUGUCAGUGCUCUGGAUUUAGCCAUACCCCCCAUGACUGAAGGAAGAGUAUUUGCUAUCAGUGUGGACUCGGUCUGUGUGUGUAUAUGCAUGAGGAGUUGUGUGCAAGUUUUGUGGAUGUGUGAGUGUCUAAGCAUAUUAGUGUUUUGAAAUAAAGCUCUAUUUGAAGGUGUUUCUGCAGCGUUGCAUCAAAAUGUUCAACAGAACAUGAAGGAACUAAGACAAGUGCAGCUAAUAUUUUCAGGUCCAAAGCUCUGUGUUGCCAUUUUUAAGGUGAUGCACAUUAGAUUUUUAUGUUCCCUUUCCCAGCACUCCACCUGUACACCAGGUUUCAUGAGAUUUAGGUGGAUUAGGCAUCAUCCUCAAAGCUAACCACAUAUAAUUGUUCGAGGAGGAAGAAAUACAGACUGGAUUGUUUCUAUAUUUUAAUGCACUCAAGCAUGUCAGCCAAGUUCAGUUUGGCAAGAGAAAAACUGACGCUAACAGAAACCCUAAAAAGAAAUCUGUUGCUGUCAGAUUUAAAUACAAAGACUGUCACAUUUUGUUCACAACAAGCAUAGAAGCAGUUACAGUCAGUGUCCUCAAUCUGUUCUUUACAAAAUAACUUAGUUUGUGCAA